AAAUUCAAAUAAUAAGCUUAUUUUCGUCAGUAUUUCAACAAGAUUUCAUUCAAGUCUCCCACACCACCAAUCCCAUCGAUUGGGUACUGUCUCCUCCCAAGUACAUGUACGGCCCUCUUCCCUCAUCCUCUGAUUUUCUCCACCGUUAUAAAUUUGGUCAGCAGCUUGAGGGAAAGCACAGAAGAAAACUCCGCCGGAAAUUUACGUCACCGGUCGCCAUGUUUUCAGAAAAUCCGGUUGUCAGUGACGUCAUUGCCACCGCCUUGUCUGGUGGGAUUGCUCUAUCUUUGCUUAGAUUGUGGGAAGAAACCGCUAAAAGAGGGCUCUUUGAUCAGAAACUGAAUAGGAAGCUUGUACAUGUUUCGGUAGGAUUAGCUUUCAUGCUAUGCUGGCCGAUGUUCAGCUCCGGUCGUCAGGGAGCUGUUAUAGCAGCUCUUGUUCCUGCUGUCAACAUAAUCAAAAUGCUUCUUUUGGGACUCGGAAUAUGGAAAGAUGAUGCAACUGUCAAGUCCAUGAGCAGAUUUGGAGACCACAGGCUUGUGCCAGUUCUAGAGAAAAUCGAUUUACAUUCAUUCAUGGAACUUCUUAAGGGACCAUUGUAUUAUGCCUCCACAAUCACUUUGGCCGGUGCAAUAUACUGGAGAACUUCUCCUAUAGCAAUUGCAGCAAUCUGUAACCUCUGUGCUGGAGAUGGUAUAGCUGAUAUUGUGGGAAGGCGGUUUGGAAAGCAUAAACUUCCCUAUAACAGAAACAAAUCAAUUGUUGGUAGCAUUGCUAUGGCAACUGCUGGUUUCUUGGCUUCUAUUGGAUACAUGCACUAUUUCUCCUCGUUUGGGUAUGUUCAAGAAAGUCCCGAGAUGGUUCUGGGAUUUUUUAUGGUGUCCGUUGCCGCUGCACUGGUUGAAUCCCAUCCUUUAAGUACUGGGAUUGACGACAAUUUGACAGUUCCACUCGCCUCUGUGUUGGUUGGCAGUUUUGUUCUCUGAUGAAAGAUCAUGGACGGAGAAAUCAAUAAUUGAAUCUUACUCUUUAUCCAAUUAACUAGAUGGGACUAUAGCAUCAACUAAUAACAGUGCUCCCCCUUCUUGGUCAAUGUGAUGUAACAGUUAUUGUAUCUGGUUGUAGAUGAAUAGAUUCUGCUUAUUUAUGGACCUUGUAAAACUGCAAAUUGAGUAACAAAUUUACUUGGAAGCUUUUCAAGAAUGGAUGAUGGAAUACCGAGAGAAAGCUCUUCUUUUGAUUCA